CAGUCCCCCGGUGAGAUGCGGAUGAACUGCAGAAGCAGAAAUCUGCUCUCAUCCCUGGAGUUGAUACCACAACGUGAUGGCCGAGGCAGUGGAUGCGAACUAUUAAACCCUCCUUUGUCUUUAUUAUUAUUAUUAUUAUUAAACUACCUCACACACAGCGCAUGGUCUGCGUCUCUGGUUGCUGGGGGGACAAACUCUGCGAGUGGUGGUCGCUAAGCUACGAAAACGAGCUCCUUAGCAACUGUGACCCGGGCAUCAGGAAGAAGCUAAGCUACCAGUAUGGCUGAACCGGAGCUUCUGCUGGACUCCAACAUCCGACUUUGGGUGGUGUUGCCCAUUGUCUUCAUCACCUUCCUGGUCGGGGUGAUUCGCCAUUAUGUGUCCAUUCUCCUUCAGAGUGACAAGAAGUUGACGUUAGAACAGGUUUCUGACAGCCAGGUUCUUAUCCGGAGCAGAAUUCUCAGAGAAAAUGGAAAAUACAUUCCCAAACAGUCUUUUCUGAUGAGGAAGUUCUACUUCAAUAAUCAAGAAGAUGGAUUUUUUAAGAAGACCAAGAGAAAGGUGGUUCCACCCUCUCCAAUGACAGAUCCCAGCAUGCUGACAGACAUGAUGAAAGGAAAUGUCACCAACGUGCUUCCCAUGAUCCUCAUUGGAGGCUGGAUCAACUGGACCUUUUCAGGAUUUGUAACAACUAAGGUUCCCUUCCCUCUCACACUGCGCUUCAAGCCCAUGCUGCAGCAAGGAAUAGAGCUGCUCUCACUAGAUGCCUCCUGGGUGAGCUCAGCGUCGUGGUAUUUCCUCAACGUGUUUGGACUACGGAGCAUGUACUCAUUAAUUCUGGGCCAAGAUAAUGGUGCAGAUCAGUCGAGGAUCAUGCAGGAGCAGAUGAGUGGCGCUGCCAUGGCCAUGCCUGCGGAUACAAAUAAAGCUUUCAAGGCUGAGUGGGAAGCACUGGAGCUGACUGACCAUCAGUGGGCGCUGGAGAGCGUAGAGGAGGAUCUGAUGAGCAGAGAGCUGGACUUUGACGGCAUGUUUAGCAAGGAGCUGCCGAGCGGUAUCUUCUGAUGGCCUGGUCGCUUCAACUUGGAGCCUUCGAUUUCAAAUUUUGAUCAUUGCAGGGAUUUGUUUUUUGUUUGUUUUUUUGGUUCAAAUCACAGAGAUGGGAACAAAUCCCUUCAUGUUAUGCAAAGUUUACAUUCACUUAUUUGUGGUCCUUGUCUUUUCACAUGUAUUACCUUUUCAUUCCUGUCCAUAAAAAUAUCUGAAAUGACUUAAAAAUACACUGGUUCUGCUGCUGUCUCAUGCAAAUUUGAAAGCACUGCUUUGUAAUCUCACCUUUUAGACAAGGAGAUGUUUGGGAGAAAUUAAGCAGCUUUUUGCUUAUUGAAAUGCGUUUAUUAUUAGCUUGCAACUGUAUGCCAUCAUAAUGCCAUUAGGUAAUAGAAUGUGAACUACCUAGAGCUUUUUUUUUUCUAAUUGUCAUGCACAGCUAGACUAGCUGUCUCAAUUUUCUUAUGAAUCAUAAUAUUUUAAAAAAUAGGACACUACCAUUUUACAGGUCUGAAUGAUGUUUAUUUAAUACCUUACCUUUGUUAGAUUGUGGAUAGAUCAACUGCUCUGUGUCAGCUGCCUAAAGCUGGAAGCAGAACUGAUUAGUUGUUGGCAGAGAAAAUGUUUGCGUGAUUGAAAUAUUGUGUUUUUGAAGUAUGUAGACGGUUUAUUUUGUAAUGUGACUCCCCUGUGUUUUGUACAGCAUAAAGCCUGUUUUGACUAAA